AUCCAUGUACAUACCUGUUCUGUUUUAAGCCCGUAAAGUGAUUCAACCUCACCCACUUGUGAUGCGGGAUUAUCGUGAUAACGUUUCCAUCAAAUUAUAUGAUUGCUAAUUGUUAAGUAAAAACAAAAAAUGGGAUCGUCCUCGUCGAAGGCUUCGGAUCCUUUUCCGAAGAAAGAAAAACUCGAGAAAUUGGAUGAUGUUCGGAAAUCGGUGCGUGCUUUGCACCGCGAGCUCAAUGAAGAUAAUAUGCGUCAUGGGAAUGACGUAUAUUUCUCGCUCCUCACCAAACAUUCGAAGAGCGUGCAAAAUAUUCGAGCAUCCAUGAAGAGCAAAAAGUCAAAUCCGAAAUGCAAGGAAGUUCUGGACGAGAUCAACGAUUGCAUCGCAAUCCUAGAGACGAAGCAUAAUAACAGGGAGAGCAAUUUGGAUUUUGGUACAGUUGAAUCCAACUCGUUCAUAUCCCAAGACCUGGACAGGUUUCCAAUUGUGCCCGAAACUGAACCUGAGGAACCAAAAUUUGAGUACAGGACACGGCUGCACACCAUGCCAGAAAUCGAGCGCAAAAUCAACAGUUUAGAUAUAGAAAUUCGCAGGACCGUGGAUUUAAACGAUUUCAAAAACUAUCCGCUUUUGGAGAAGAAGGUAAAAAUGUUGUACGACGAUUUGGAACUUGUGAAUCCAUUACCGCACACUCCUCUCCACGAGAAGAAGGAAAAACUUGCUGAUAAACUAAUCAAAUUUAGAAAGAAAAUUACGGUGAUGCAAAGGAGAUCCAUGGAUCUAAAUUUUCAGUUGAAGCCGUUCCAAACAGACGAUUUGAUGACGCUUAUUAAAAUCGAACAGGAUUUGAGCGAUUUAGAGGUAAGGGCGUUAACUUUCGAAGACACCAAGGAAAAUAGGUCGUAUCAUGAAUUAUCAGAUAAUUUGCGUCAAAACUUUGCCACUUUAAGCAAGCUCACUAUUACGAAUGAUGAGGGUAAGAAGAGAAUUUCCAAUGCGCAAAGUUUAGUUAAAAAGAUAAUUCACGAAUUGGAGAAGAAGGUCAAGGAAAACGAACCUAUUUUGAAGAAGGAAAUGGCGCAGCUAACGGCAAUAGAGAAUGAUAUUCGCUCUUAUAAAGAGCAAGCGGAAGCUUGCCAAGGGAAUAAAGACAGCACAUUUUAUUUAACUCUAGAUCAGAAAUUGAAGGCUUCCAAGGAAAAGCUUGAUCAAAUGAAAGGAUCUUCUAGCUUUAGCAGAAACACGCGUGAGCAUCUGCUCAACGAGAUUCAGAGCAUCAUGAAUGGUUUACACGAAAAGAUAACUAAUACGAAACCUACUUCACCUCUUGUGGAUAGAUUGGAGAGUUUCAACGUUUCUUGGAUGAACAUUGAGCGUAUGAUAAAAAAUGAACAAGGCGUUAAUAAUAAAGAAGCUCUGAAUAUAUUGCGGAACAUACAAAUUUCAAUGGCAAAUGCGUUAGAUGCUCGGAGAAGCUCUCGCAUUUACUCUAAUCAAGUCAUGUAUCAGUUGGUCAAAGAAAUAUCAGAUGAUAAUAAGAAGGUUGAUCAGGUUGAUUUAAGGAAGACCCCGUCUAUAGCGAAUUCUGUGAUGAGAAUUCAACUUAUCGAUAGGGGCAUUAACGAACUGAGAGACAAGUUACGUAAUUUCACUGGAACUUCGGAUAGUGAAACGUAUGAUCAUUUCGAGAGCCAACUGCUUCAAUAUAAGAGCGAUUUGGAUGCGGUGGAUAUAACGAAAAGUGGUACUUUGCAUAAAUCCAAGAUCAAAGCUAUGAAGGAUCUGCAUGAGGUCACGCAGUUCCUCCAAGAGAAGGCCGAGAAAAAUGAUGAUGAUCGAGGAAAGAGUGCCAGGGUUUCCAUCAGGAACAGCAGAAGUCAAUCUUGCAGUGCUGCGCUUGAGAAGAUCUUCACAGUGGAGUCGAGCGCGAGGAGCUUUAUUCCCAGGAUUGAGAAUUACAAAGGUACACGCGAAGAAGCGGAGUUCGAGGAGAUCCAGCAAAAGUUGAAUGAGUUCAUUAAUUUGCUUGUAACGUUAGAUGUGGGUCGUCACGAAAAUCUGCACACUUCGAAGAUGGAAACGCUUCAGUUGAUUAAUAAAUUGCAGACUAAUUUGUGCGAAGUAGCUGAUAAGAAUGAUAUGAUGCGAACUGAAGAGUUGAGAAGGAUUAAGGAGCUUUUGAAGAGGGUUCAUGCGGUCAAAAAGAAAAUCGAUUGCUUCACCGGAACGUACAAAAAUAUACAGUACGUUCAGAUGGAGGAUGAAUUAAAGUAUUGCAAGGUAAAGUUGGACGAGACGCAGAGCACCUUCAAGAAGGUUUUGGAUGCAAAAGAGAAAGGUUCGGAAAGUAUUGAUAGGCUUUUGAAUAUUCUCGAGGAAAGAUCGAUUAAAGCAGACCCCCCAGCAAAUUCGCAACAGCUAAUUGAAAAGGCGAGGAACAAAUUGUUGGAGGUAAAAGCGCAAAUGGAGAACUUCAACGGAAAGCACAAAGACGAAGAGUAUUAUAGGAUUAUAAACAGACUGCACGCUUGCAAUGAUGAGGUGAACGCGAUCACAAUGGACAGGAGACAGUCCAUAAAUGCUUCUAAGCUUCAGUAUUUGCAGUACAUUCAAGACUUACUUAAGUAUUUCGAGGAGAAGGUGCAGAGUAAGGAGUACGUAGAGAUAACGGAAAAUUUAGUUGAAGUUGAAAACCAAUCAAAAGUUAACAAGGCUAUCCUAGAAUUAGAACAGAUAGAGCACAGCGUUACCAACUUGAAGGAAGACGUGGACAACUUUAUUGGUAGCAAGAAUGACAACAACUACAACACGUUGGAUCUAGAAAUCAACACUUUGAUGACCCGCGUGGAUAAGUUGAACAGCAUGAAACAUAAGAAUAUAUCUCUGAAGAGGAAGAAGUUGUUGAAAUCGUUGAACGACGUUUCUAAUAAUUUAAAGGAUAAAUCAUCUAAGGAAUUCGAACCCGCUAACGUAACAAUCCAGGGUAGAAUCUUAGAUAGUAUUGAUCAGAUUUGCAAAGAGUUGGACAGUUUGGACAAGGAAAUAGAUAACUUUUACGGAUCCAAGAACGAUGCAAUACACACGAGGCUGGAUGAAAUGCUCAUAAAGCUGUUUUUGAAGUUGGACAAUAUUGAAAACGCCGGUGAUCAGCAGAUAAAGACGGCCAAGCAGAAGGCGAUGAAGCAGAUCCAGAAGAGCAUGAGCACACUCGAUCAAAGGGUCAAGAAUUUGAUGGGAACUGAGGUGUAAUUUGUA